ACAAGCAAGACAUCCAGACAUACCGGAAUACCUGGCACGGUGUUGGCAGUCUAACACAUCAUCAGCAUGGGCGAGUGGUCAAACGGUCUCUUUGGUUGUUUCAAUGACUGCGGAUUAUGCAUAAUAACCUAUUUCGUACCCUGCUACACCGCAGGAAAAAUCGCAGAGAAAACUGGUGAAAGCUGCUGUACCUAUGGAUGUUUAAGCAUCUUGGGACCUAUCGGUAUCUACACAAGAGCCAAAACCAGGGCAAAGGUCAGGGAAAGCAAAGGAAUCGAGGGCGAAUUCUGUAACGAUUGUAUCAUGCACUGGUUCUGUGGCAUCUGCUCAAUCAUACAAGAAGCACAGGAAGUAGAUGCACUGGAUCGUGGGGGCCAACAACAGGCGAUGGCCCGGCAAUAAGUGUGUUCCUCGUCUGUCAACCGGCCUUAUAUCCAUCUUUCCGUCCACUGAUGACGUCAUAUUUUUCUAUCUGUGAUACGACUUACGGAUUACAGAGCAUGUUUUUGUUGUCGAGCACGCGAUCCAGUCGGCUUUCGUCCAAAGAUGAAUAUUCAGCGCUCACGAACAUUUUUAUCAGUCGACAUGCCAUUUAUCAUGUCACAUUUCAACUUGUACUGAAGUGUUUUGAAUAAAAUAUUUAUCGUUUUAUUAA